CGUGAUAUGAGACAGAUCAAACACUACAUCAAGUCGGUGCUCUCAUUCACGUACCUCGCGCUCGUGGUGCUUACGAUCCCAUUGGCCUUCGAUGUGGGCGGCGUGCCCUGCGGCUUGGCGUACUCGCUCUUUAUCAUGCUGCUCCACUUCUUGCUCACCACAGUGCGGUUGUUGUCCCACAAGUUCCCGGUGUUGGCCGUGUUCAACGGCUUUUUCUACGCCCAGCAUCUCUUGCUUCCGAGCAUCUUGAUGUUCUUCCUCCUGUACUGCGCAGAGAAAGACGUGGCAGAGGUGCCCGUCAUCUUCCUCUGGCGAUACCUCCUAGUGCACCUGACGCUUGUGUUCACUGUUGCAGAGGGUUUCUGCUCGCUCUUGUUGAUCCAAGCCAUCAGCCAGACCUUGGAAUGGCUUACGGACUACAAGUCCGAUAGCUGGCUCUUCGUGUCCCUCAUUGGCAGCGGCACCACCAUCACCGGUGCGCUUUACUUCUUGUACAGAAUCUACAUCAGCCCGUUCACCUUGGACUUGGGCAACGCUUCCUUGUUGGGCCUGUUCCUCACCUUGACUGUCGGCUUGGGCUUGUACGGGAUUGUAUCGAAGAAGGGCCUGAUGAUCGAGUCCUCCUUGAUCUUCGCCUACAUUGUUCGCUGCAUCUACGAGACCUUCCCUCUGCUCUCCCAGGAUGCCACGCAAACAAUCACCUUCCUAUUCACUCAGACCACAAACAACUUGAAGAAGGAGCUUGUGAAACUCCCAUACCCAGUUGCCGAGAAGAUCCUGUCUGCAUUGCCCGUUUUUGCGUCCAACAUCCCCCACUCCUUCACCACGAUCUACAAGUUCUUCAUCUCAGCGGUGCAGAAGUUGACUUUGCCUGUGUUGAUUAACUUGGCCUACAGAAUUGGCGUCUUUUAUGCCGCGACGAAAAUCAUCCCGUCCGUGUACCACGGGCUCCCAUACUCACCCCCAAGAACGCCGCAGAUCCGCUCAAGGCAAGUCUCUUCGUCUUCAAUACCCUCCAUACACCUUGCCGACAAAGACUCUGAGGCUAGGAGAGAUCUACUGCCCACCAGAGCAGCUCAUCACCCGAAGCGAGAUCCGCCAUCUACAAUCAUCAAAUUGAUCUAUGCAUACUCCCCAUGUAUCAUCAUUGCCGUGUACACGCAUUUGAUGUUGCUGUACAAAGGUGAGCUCGGCAAUGAACUUAAGCUCUGGGGCUGGUGGGCCGGCGCAUCGGAGGACAGCGUGUUCACUGUGCAUCCUUGGCAGUUCUGGAACUGGAUCAACAUGGCCACCACGCUAUUUCUCUACAUGGCCGAGUUGGCUGGUAACACGGGAAGCACCAAUUCUGCCAUGACCAGUCACUGGAAAGUUGACUGA